AUGCCACACGCAAAUACCCACAAAACUCCGAAUCAUGGCUCGGUCGACCUGGACGUGACAAAUGCUGUGAGGCGUCGAGAGAUUGAAAUUGCGAUUCCUUCCUCUAGGAUGGACGAUAGCGAGGUCAAGGAGGAAAAGAGCGAAUACGAGUGGUCGUCUGGCCGGAGGGACUGGAACGGCGUGACGGCUGGUGUUUUGUAUAGUCUGCUGCCGAAAUGGUUUGAUGCUACGCUGAUCGGGCUUUUGAUCUUUGGAGGCUGUUGUGGCAAUGUCUUUGCGCUCGAGGCGAUCAUCAAGGAUGAACCAGCUGCUGGGCCUCUUAUCACUUUCGUGCAAUUCGUGACCGUAUCGCUAUUCACAAUCCCGAGCUUCUUGUCGUGGUCGGCCGGUCCUCGCGCUUUUUUCAUGAAGUCCCCCGUCAUUCCCUUGCGGUCGUGGGCUAUUUACACGAUAUUCUUCGUCACCGUCAAUCUCUUGAAUAACUGGGCGUUCGCAUACCGGAUAUCCGUCCCGCUGCAUAUCAUCCUUCGAUCCGGCGGACCAGUGGCUUCUAUGCUGAUUGGAUAUAUAUACAACGGCAGACGCUACACGCGCAUGCAGAUAUUGUCGGUUUUUUUGCUGACACUGGGCGUCGUGGGAGCUGCAUUGGCCGACGCUAAAGCGCAGGGGAAAGCAUUGAACAUACAGACGAGCGGGGACGAGACCGACGGCAAAUCAACUUUCCUUUUCGUGAUCGGUUUUACCAUUCUUGCAUUAGCUAUGCUGUUGUCUGCUUUUCAGGGUGUCUAUGCUGACAGACUCUACGCUGUCCAUGGAAACACACAUUGGCGCGAGGCUCUGCUCUACUCGCAUAUGCUUUCGAUCCCUUUCUUCUUGCCGACAUAUCCCCAGCUCUCUUCCCAAUUCCGGGCAUUCAUGGAGUCAUCGUCCAUGCUUUCGAGCAUCAGCUCAAUCCCAGGAGUUGCGGAAAGCGAUCUAUUCGCCAAUGCUACAGCAGUAACAGCGACUGUGACAAGCGUGCUCUCAACCGCGACAACAGCACCGGCAUAUGCUUCCUCCAGCAACGUAGUUGAACAAGCUCGCCAGUCCGCGUCAGUCUUCUGGCUCCUCUUCAGAGGCUCCGGCCACGCAUUCCUCCGCUCCGUGCUCGCUGCCACACCCAACAAAAUAUUCUUCCUCGUUGUCAACGCCCUCACGCAGUACGUAUGUAUUCGCGGAGUCUAUCUCCUAGCAGCCAAGUCCUCUUCCUUGACCGUCACGAUCAUUUUGAAUAUCCGCAAGUUAGUUUCGUUGCUGUUGUCCAUCUACAUCUUCGGCAAUUUGCUUUCCAGGGGUGUUUUGAUUGGCGCCGGGUUUGUGUUUUUGGGCGGUGCGCUGUAUGGUGUGGCGAGUGCCAGGGCGAAGAAUAAUAGGGUUAUAGCGCCUGAGUACUUGCAAAAGAGCAGUAUGCAGCAAAAUAAGGUCAAGGUCUAG